GAGGUAGCUCCAAGAGCAAGCAUCAACCUGACUUCUAAGACAGUGCAAGGUGUGCCCAGGUGCCCUCCCAGUCAUUGGGUGGCUACUCUGGCACACUCCACACACCUGACAUUGCUCAGGGAGAAGCCAAGCAGCUUGUGACAGCUUUUCUAGUCAAAGAAUAUCUGGCUUAGCAGGCAGCAGUCGGCAGAGAUAAAGCUCAGCUGAUUGUGAUCCUUAGCUUACUUGGGCAGUGAUACAUUCAGGCCCCUAGGACGUGGCAGUAUCAGAGGCAGAGUAUAAUGCCCAGGAGAAAUGUUCUCAAAAUCCCCUGCAUUGCGCUGGCUCUGGUUAUAGCCACCAAUGUCUUCCUGGCAUUUUAUACCAAGAGGACUUUACAAAAGUUGAUUUGGGGAGAUCUCCAAAAGCAGCUUCAUUUGCCUCUGUCUGAAUGGAACAGGACAGUGAUCGAGAGACUCUCUCACUUGGAGGUGGACUUGCAGAAUCUGAAAGAAAGUAUGAAAUUGGCUAUGAAGCAAGAAGAAAAUGUGGACAAUACAGUGGAGAGGGUGAAAUAUGAAGAACAUCCUGUUCAAAAGACACUGAAAGUCAAAGCAAGUGAGACCAAGGAGCACAAACCCAAAGAGAUACUGUUUCCAGAUUCACAGCUUUUCAGGCAGUGGGGUGAGGAUCUUUCAGAGGCCCAGCAGAAAAAGGCUGAGGAUCUUUUCCAGGAGUUUGGCUACAAUGUUUACCUCAGUAACCAGUUACCACUCAAUCGCACCAUCCCAGACACGCGAGAUUCCAGGUGUCUUCAGAAGACAUAUUCAUCACAACUCCCAUCCCUCGGUGUCAUUCUCAUAUUCAUGAAUGAAGCUCUGUCCAUUAUACAACGGGCCAUUACUAGUAUCAUCAACCGUACCCCCACUCAAUUGUUAAAGGAGAUCAUCUUGGUGGAUGAUUUUAGCUCAAAUGGAGAACUAAAGGCACACUUGGAUGAGAAGAUUAAGCUUUACAACCAGAAGUAUCCAGGACUACUAAAAAUAAUUCGGCAUACGAAGAGAAAAGGUCUUGCUCAAGCACGCAACACUGGCAGGGAAGUGGCCACGGCUGAUGUGAUUGCUAUCUUGGAUGCUCAUGUUGAAGUGAACGUUGGGUGGGCAGAGCCCAUUUUGGCUAGGAUUCAGGAAGACCGCACCGUGAUUGUGUCUCCUGUGUUUGACAAUAUUAAUUUUGACACCUUUGAACUGGAUAAAUAUGCAUUGGCAGUUGAUGGGUUUAACUGGAAACUAUGGUGCCGCUAUGAUCCACUUCCAGAGGCCUGGUUUGAUCUGCAUGAUGUCACAGCUCCAAUAAAGAGUCCUUCCAUCAUGGGCAUCCUGGCUGCCAACAGGAUCUUUUUGGGAGAGAUCGGAUCUCUGGAUGGUGGGAUGCUGGUCUAUGGAGGAGAGAAUGUGGAACUUAGCUUGAGGGUGUGGCAGUGUGGAGGGAGAGUUGAGGUCUUGCCUUGCUCCAGGAUUGCUCACCUAGAGAGAAACCACAAGCCAUAUGCCUUGGAUCUUAGUGUUGCCUUGAAGCGCAAUGCUUUGAGAGUGGCUGAAAUCUGGAUGGAUGAGUACAAACACAUGGUCUACUUGGCCUGGAACAUACCUAUCCAGAACUCUGGAAUCGAUUUUGGAGACAUUUCUUCCAGAAUGGCACUCCGGAAGAAACUGAAAUGUAAAACUUUUGACUGGUAUCUGAAAAACGUUUAUCCAAGCCUGAAGCCAAUCCACAACAUUGUGGGCUACGGAAGAAUGAAAAAUACACUGGAUGAAAAUCUCUGCCUGGAUCAGGAACUUGUUUCAGGAAAAACCCUUAUCAUGUUUUACUGUUGCAAACGCAGUCUUCAGAAUGUCUACUACCACCUAACUGGGGAGCUUUAUGUGGGGCCACUGAUUGCAGAGGCAAAUAUUGAUGAUCACUGCCUGACAGAUCCUGGAGAUGGGGAGAAGCCCACAUUAGAGCCAUGUUCCAAGGCAGCCCAAAACAGACUGCACAUAUACUGGGAUUUUAAACCAGGAAGAGCUGUCAUGAACAGAGCUACCAAACGAUGUCUGGAAAUGAAGAAAGACACUUUGGGCACCUAUGUGCCUGUGCUCCAGAACUGCACCACACAAGCAUGGACAAUACAGUACACCAUGCAAAACUGGGGUCAAACUAACAUCCAAUGAUCCUCAGAGAGCCUGGAUUUGGGAUACCAGUUCUUGCCACUGGCUUCUACUACUAAAGCUGCUCAAAGUAGAAGAGGGUGAGAACAGGAAAGUAUGCGUGUAUGUUUACUGUGGCUUCAGUCUGCAACACAUGGGAUGUGGGGAGAUGAGGUCUAUGCAUGUGUUAGGAUGCCCAGGCUGGAGAGGGGUGAGGAAACUCUCUUCCAGCUUCCCUUGGAAAGUCAUGAUAUAUAUCAAAUGCCAUUCUUGGAAACUCCUUGAAAUAAGCACCAUCAUCUGGCUGCUAUGUGGGAAGAGAACUAGGAGGGUGGAAGUCUAUCGUUGACUUCUGCCAACACUGUUUAGUCUUCAUUCCUGACAACUACUAUUGCCAUCUGCCCCACACAUCCUCCCCCAGCCCAUAUGCUCAGAGACUCCCCAGACAGCCUGGGGGCUGCUCCACAGGAGAGGCUGGGUCAUCAUUGGGCUGGCAGCAUGACAAUGAUUCAGGUGGCACCAAUUCUCUGAAGGUGUGUUACCACUGCUGUUCCCCUUUUCUGAACUGUCCUGAAAGAUGCAGCAAAUAGACGAAUAAUCUUUAAAAAUCCCUCCAUCUCCCCACCCCACAACAGCAGUUUUAUUUGGAUUACUCAAUCCCUCUCAUACCAAAGAGAUUCUGAAGGCUAAGGGUAGGCGAGAGAACAUGUCUCCACUAAUCCCAGAUCUGCACAGUGCAUAGAGGAUGGUAGAAAAAGUCCAAGUCUAUCUGAGUCUUUAAGUAGCUUAUAACACAUAAUAGACUUGAUUACCUAUUUCUUUUUAUUCUCCCUGCAAAUUAUGGAAAAAUUGAGGCUUGGAACAGAGAGGCAUUACUUUUUGGGACACAAAGAAGGGAUUGCAGGCACAAACUUAAAACCAAGGGUCCUUACUGUCACCCACUGGAUAAAUCCUUUCCCUUAGUUUAGUGAAUUGGGAAGAUACGUCUAGGGAUGCCAAUUUUGGCAAGGUCCUGGUGGUUGGUGGGAGUAGGCACCAUGGGAGGAGAGGAGGUAGGAUGCAAUGUGGGUAUGUUGUGUUGUGUGUUCACCUUUUGAGAUUAUGCAGACUGGUCCCUUCCUUGAGAGGGUCACCUUUUUCUUUUAGUCUUAUGUUAGUGCUACUUGGUUAUGACUCUGGGAAGAGGCUACCUUUAGGCAUUGGGCAGACAGGACACUGAUAAUUUAGUGCAGAAUUGAAUAAGCUAAAAUUUUUUUAAAGUAAACUCUUAGAAGUGUAUAAGUCAUAAGUGUAUGGCUUGAUAAAAUUUCCACAGUGAUCAAAUCCAUAUCGAGAACUAAAACUUUACCACAGGUAAGAUUUUAUUAUGAAAAAAUUCAGGAACAGGAUAAAGCAAAUAAAUAACUUCUAGUUUCUUCAUAGCAAAUUGAAGGGAAAAUGCAAUUCACAGCAAAGCUUUUUUUUUUUUUUUAAAGUUUGUACCCAUUGGAAGGAUGGACAAAAAAAUGGGAAAUAUCCUUAAACAUAUGAAAAGAUGUUUAAUCUCACUCUGAGAAAUGCAAAUUAAAAUGGUACUGAGAUCAUUUUUUCACUUAAAUAGGUGAAAAUUAAAAAGUAUGAUAACCAUUCUGUUAGCAAGGUUGUGGGAAACAGAUAUCUCCUAUUUUGAUGAUAGGGAUGCAAAGUGGUACAAUCCUUUUGGAGGGAUGUUUGGCAGUAUUUAAAAGUACUAUAGGGGGUCCUGGGUGGCUCAGUUGGUUAAGCAUAACAACUCUUGAUUUCAGCUCAGGUCAUGAUCUCAGGACAUUGGGAUCUGCAGCUCAGCAGGGAAUCUGCUUAAGAUUCUCUUCCCCCAUCCCAGCCCUCCCCCUGCUCAUG